AUGAUCUUCUCCCAGGCCCUGGCUUACGCAGAUUUCUGCCUGGACGUACAGACCUCUCGACCCUGGUGCAGACACCUGAUUCCUAGUAUCUACGCAUGGGUCCAGCGUCAGUAUUGGGAUGUGGGUUUCCUUCGAUACUGGACGAUACGGAACCUUCCCCUCUUCCUACUCGCAAUUCCCAUGCUACUCACCCUCUGCCGGUCUUCCAUCUGGGCAAUGUCUUUAUCCAAGGCUGAGGGUCCCUUAUUUUCCACCAUGUCCGCUUCGUUAUUGACCCGACUGGCUCUCCCUCAGGGUUUGCUAGCCGUACUAGGCUUCACCAACUAUCAUGUCCAGAUCAUCAACCGAAUAUGCUCUGGAUAUCCGCUAUGGUACUGGUACAUUGCGUGCCAAAUCGUUGGUGAUUGCUGCGAGCCACGCUCUAAGAAAACCCCGGGCUGGGGAUUCGUUGUACAAGGCAUGGUCAUGUACGCCAUUGUCCAAGCAGCGCUCUACGGUUCCUUCCUCCCCCCGCCUUAA